AAGGCCAGCAGGCACACCUGGAGAGAGAUGGGUCAGGUACCAGAGCCCGGUCCGACAGGUACCAGGUACCAGAGCCCGGUCCGACAGGUACCAGGACCCGGACCCGGUCCGACAGGUACCAGAGCCCGGUCCGACAGGUACCAGGACCCGGUCCGACAGGUACCAGAGCCCGGUCCGACAGGUACCAGGUACCAGAGCCCGGUCCGACAGGUACCAGGACCCAGAGCCCGGUCCGACAGGUACCAGGACCCGGACCCGGUCCGACAGGUACCAGAGCCUGGUCCGACAGGUACCAGGACCCGGACCCGGUCCGACAGGUACCAGGACCAGGUCUGACAGGUACCAGGACCAGGUCCGACAGGUACCAGAGCCCG